CUCAAGAUCUGGUCUGGCCAUGGAUGAAGCGCGUUCGGGCCAUGCAGAGGGAGUGCCUCAGGAACGCCCAGCCAAGCGACCGAGGCUAGCUGACAGUGUCACUGCAGCCAGUGCUGGAAGCUGUGAAUGGGCACAGGUCAUUUCAGCAGUACAGCCCGCCAUAGUGGCACUCAAGGUGACUUUUGUGGUGAGCUUCGAAGAUGAACAGGCUGCAGUGGCGCUGGGCACCGGAUUUGUCGUUGACAAAGAGAGGGGUUUGAUUUUGACCAAUCGGCACAUCACCGGGGUGGGUCCCGUGCGUGCUUUGGCGAUCUUCGAUCGCCAUGAAGAAUUGGAGGUGGAGGUCGUCUAUCGCGAUCCCAUCCACGACUUUGGCUUCUUCAAGUACGACGUCACCAAGCUCCGCUUCACCGAGACCGCGGAGAUCGCCCUGAACUGUGAGGACCUCUGUGUGGGCACGGAGAUCCGCGUGGUGGGCAACGACGCCGGGGAGAAGUUGCAGAUCCUGUCGGGGACCAUCGCGCGCGUGGACCGCAACGUGCCGGAGUUCAACACCGUCUACAACGAUGAAAAUACCUUCUAUGCCGGUGCUGGGGCUGGCACCAGUGGAGGAUCCAGUGGAUCUCCAGUGCUGAACAAAUCGGGUCAUGCCAUUGCUUUAAAUGCGGCAGGCACUGAUGGUGCGGCCAGUGCAUUCUUUUUGCCCUUGGAUAGAGUCUGCUACACACUGAAGUCUUUGAGAGAAGGCUUGCCGGUGCAGCGGGGCACUUGCCAAGCUUCCUUCCUCUUCAAGGCCUUUGACGAGUUGAUGAAAGUUGGUCUUCUGGAAUCUCACGAACAUCGUGUGAGGGACAAGAAGAAGGCCGCUACAGGUAUGUUGCUUGUGGACGCAGUCCUUUGCGAGCAGAAGAAACUCCGACCUGGAGAUAUUCUUUUGAGCAUAGAGGGACAGAUUUGUAUCGAUUUCGUUUACCUCGAGAGCAUUCUGGAUUCCAAAGUUGGCUCCUCUGUCGAGGUCAUUGUUUGUAGAGGCGGUGAGGAACUUACGCUGGACGUGGAGGUCUUGGAUCUUCAUUCAUUGAUUCCAAGGAGCUACAUUGAGCUUGGCUUGGAUGUAGUGCACAGUCUCGGUUAUCAUGCGGCCCGGAAGACUCAUUUACCCUUGGACAGCGGUGUGUACUUGGCCCGACCCGGCUAUGUCUUCGAGUCCUUGGGCUGUGACUGGGGAUCUCUCAUCACCACAGUGAAUGGCAAGGCAACGCCUUCGCCGGAAGCCUUCGUGAAAGCUAUUGAAGACAUUCCGGACCGGCAGUACUUCACGGUGCAUUGGUACGAUUUGCGAGACUUCCGCCACCUGCCUUGACGGCAACCGCUCCUGUCGCUCGCUCGCGCCCCUCCGCUUUGUCACGUCGAUUUCGGCAGAAUCCAGCGCUCUAUUCAGUCAAGGCUGCUUCGCCCAUGGAUCAUUGGCCUGCUGGAAAAUGCCCACUUUAGACGAACCCAGCAAGGUGCAGGUUUUUUGUUAGAUGCCUCGAUCAGUGUUCCGGUUCUGGCCGGCUCAUGCUUGGGAUCAUCAAGAAAUCUUGGCCGGCGGGGGGCCUGCCGAAGGGAUUUACCAUAGGAGCCCUGAAUUGUCCUGAGAUUUGCGCGUCGUGUGCUCGCCAGCCCCAUUCGUCAAUGAUUCGCUGAACAGUUGAGCCAGCGAAUUCCACCAAAAUCAUACACAAUGGGUGUCAACCGGGUCACCC